AUGCUGAGCAUUAUUGAUGCCGAGGGAAAUACUGUGCCUUUGGAUGUAGAUGUGUCCAUCGAACUUGAAAACUUGAAGGCUCUUAUUGAGGUAGACCUUAGUCUACCGCCGGAGCAACAAGCAGUCCACUUUCAAGGAAGAGAACUAAUGAACGGACAAGACACCCUGGAAUCUUACGGAGUGAAGGAGGGCGAUCUUUUAGUGGUAUUAAAUAAGACUUCGCCCAAGCCAUCAAACACUGUGCCAUCUCUGGAGGCAUCUGCGAGUGACUCUUCUUUUGCAGAGCUUGUCAGGAUGCAACUACUACGUUCACCUCAAAGUCUACAGAAACUACAGCGAAAUAACCCAGCUUUGGCAUCUGCAUUACACUCGCCGACUGAAUUCUUACGAAUCGUUCAGGAACAGCAACAAAGUCAAAUGGGAUUCUUAAACGAGCAUCUCGCACUACAAAACUCUGACCCUUUUGACGUCGAAGCUCAAAAGAAAAUCGAAGAAGCUAUCCGCCAGGAGCGUGUGGCCGAGAAUCUUGAACAUGCCAUGGAGUACAGCCCUGAAAGCUUUGGAAAUGUCUCCAUGCUGUAUGUCAGCAUGAAAGUGAAUGGGCACCCUGUGAAGGCAUUUGUUGACAGUGGUGCUCAGGCAACUAUUAUCAGCCCUGAAUGUGCUGAAAAAUGUGGUAUCAUGAGGCUUCUUGACACGCGGUUCGCAGGGAUUGCAAUGGGUGUCGGUACGGCCAAAAUUCUUGGUCGAAUUCACAGUGCACAAAUCCAGCUUGGCCCUGACCUUUUCUUACCGUGCUCUUUCACCGUGCUAGAAGGACGUGGAGUUGAUUUACUUUUUGGUCUUGACAUGCUAAAGCGCUAUCAAGCAUCCAUUGAUCUGAAAAGAAAUGCACUAGUCAUCCAAGAACGGGAAAUUGAAUUCCUUCCCGAGCGUGAAAUCCCUAAGAGCUUCCAUGAAGCUCAUCUAAACAAUGAAAAUAUAAUGCCGCCGUCUUCCUCAUCCAAGAGUAACUUCACAACACAAACAAGCCCGGGGUCAAAUCUAUCAUCAAACGGGCCCCCACAACCUACGAAAGCUCCACAAUCAAGUACGAACGAAAAUAAUAACGAAAAAAAUUGCGAACCAAAAAUUAAAACGUUAAUAAAUCUGGGAAUACCGUCUAACCAAGCACAAAAAUUAUUAAAUCAAUUUAAAGGGAAUAUUGAUUUAGCAGCAAGUUUUUAUUUUCAAAACUAG